AUGCGCGUAUAUUUCCGUUACACUCCAGGAACUACAGAGAAGUCGCAGAAGAAAGAGCUCAAGAAGACCAAGAGGGCAGUGAGUACAGGAAAGUCGAUGUGCACCCGCUCUGCAACCGUAUCUGCGCGCAAGUCGUCUCGAAAGGGCCGUGCUGUUGCGAAGGCUGGGGAUCAUUUUGCCUCAACCCAACCAGAGUCGCUACCCCCCGCGCCCAAUCAGAGUGGUGCUCGCGACAGUGCAGAAGGAGACGAAAAUGCGGUCCCUCAUAAUGAGGCUCGCACGGGUAUGAUCACUGUCCACAAGAAGGUCCCGCAGCCUGCCUCCUCUGAGCGUGCACGCGGGCGCAGCGUUCUCGUGCCCAAGGCCUUUGAAUCUAUCCAGAAAGACACCCUUCGCCUGGACCUCGUGCUCCCAGGCCUCCAUGCGCACGAAGUCGAAGUGUUUCUCUCCAAUGGCCAUCUAUGUGUCGUCGCAGAGAAUGCCAUCGUCGGCGUGGACGAUCAGCCUGUCAUCACUGCAAGGAGGGUGGUCAGGCUUGAAUACCGGACGAGGUUGGCGAAGGGGAUUCAGGCGGAGGACAUCCGCGCGUGGAUGAGGAACGGGGUGUUGACUUUGACCGAAACUAAGACUCAGGUCAAAGUCUCUGUUGAUUAG